AUGAUCAGUCGAGCCCUUGGUCCUGAAUUUGGUGGCAGCAUUGGUGUUCUUUUUUUCUUUGCCAAUGUCUUCUGCUGUGCCCUCUAUAUCAGUGGAGUGGUUGAAGGAUUGCUUGAAAAUUUCGGACCAGGAGGUUCAUUUGUAAGCAAUUCGACGUUUUAUCUUCCAUAUGUUGAUGGCAAUCAUUGGUACCACUAUAUGUACGCAUCACUAUGCCUUUUUAUCUGUCUCGUCAUUUGUUUAAUUGGGGGAGCUAUGUUUGCCAGGACAUCUGCCUUUGUCUUGCUUAUCGUCUUUUUUUGCACAUUGACGGUCAUCAUCAGCUUCUUUGUAAAACAUCCUCUCCCAGUCGAAAUACCCCAUCGGAACACGUUAGUUUAUCCGUCUACGAAUAUAUCGACGAAAACUGGCAAUUAUACGGGUUUAUCUGCAACAACGUUCCAGAAAAAUUUGUAUCCUGACUAUGUGGUUGAUUACAGUACCUUAAAGCUGAUGACAUUUGCAUCUGUCUUCUCAAUCUUAUUCAGUAGUGUGACAGGAAUUAUGAACGGGUCGAACAUGUCUGGUGAGCUAAAGGAUCCAAGCCGUUCCAUUCCAUAUGGGACGUUAGGUGCUAUGACAUUCACCUUCACGACCUACAUCAUUCUCUCUCUACUGAUUGGGGCUUCAUGUGAGAGAUUUCUUCUUCAAAAUGACUAUGUCGUUCUGCAAGCCAUCAACAUUUGGAAGCCAUUUGUAGCCAUUGGAAUAUUUGCUGCCACCUUGUCUGCUGCUCUGGGUAAUCUCAUAGGAGGAUCCAGAGUCUUGGAGAAACUAGCUAAUGAUCAUCUUUUCUGGUUUCUUCUGAAUCCAGCCAAAAUAACUACCAAAGGUGGAAACCCAUACGUUGCAGUCCUUAUCACCUGGGUAUUUGUCCAGCUUGUCUUACUGAUUGGAUCCUUAAAUGCCAUUGCACCCUUCACAUCUAUUAGUUUUCUCAUGUCUUAUGCUUCUACCAAUUUGGCCUGUCUGGGACUUGAUGUUGCCUCGGCACCAAACUUCAGGCCAACCUUCAAGUACUUUAGCUGGCACACCUGUCUUCUGGGUAUGAUUGGCGCCAUGAUCAUGUGCUUCUAUAUCAGCGCUUUGUACACAUCCGUUUCCAUUGUUCUCAUGCUGGUACUGAUUAUUGUUCUGCAUAUCCGAUCCAUGCCGACUUCUUGGGGUUCCAUCAGCCAAGCUCUCAUCUUCCAUCAGGUCCGGAAAUACCUCCUCAUGUUAGACAGCCGCAAAGAUCACGUCAAAUAUUGGCGACCCCAGAUUCUUCUCAUGGUUGCUCACCCUCGCCAGUCCUGUGAACUUCUUGAUUACAUUAAUGACGUUAAAAAGGGGGGGCUUUACAUCAUUGGCCAUGUCAAGAUCGGGUCCCUCAACAACUAUGUAAGCGAUCCAAUUCAAGACGACAUUCCAAAAUGGUUGGCGUUGAUUGAUUAUCUGAAAAUCAAGGCUUUCCCAGAAGUGACUAUGGCACGUACUGUCUCCGAGGGCCUCAUUCAUCUGAUCCGGAUUUCAGGUCUUGGAGGAAUGAAGCCAAACACUGUGUGUCUUGGAUUCUAUGAUGAUGCCACUCCUACAGAUGGUCUCUUGAAAACGCGUGUUCGUUAUCGCCGUUUCUUUGGUGCCGUCGAAAACGGAUGCACGCAUGAAUUAGAGAACAACUUCGGAGACAUCAGGAUUGACCCCGAGGAUCGGACAAUAUCAGCACCAGGUGAAUAUGUCAGUUUUGUCCGUGAUACACUCAAGCUGAUGAAGAAUGUAUGUCUGUGUCGAAACUUUAACCAAUUAGAUAAGCGUGCUAUCUUCUGCAGCAAAUCUGAGCAGUAUAUCGAUGUGUGGCCAUUAAACUUUUUCCAACCGGAAACAUCCAACUACUUCGACAAUACCUGCCUUUACCUGCUGCAGCUCGCCUGCAUCCAGCACAUGGUUCCUGCGUGGAAAUGUUGCACCAAGUUGCGAGUGUUCCUCUGUGUUGACACGCAGAACGAUAACACAUUGGAGAAAGAGGAGAAGCUUGAUGACUUCCUUCGACAACUGCGCAUCCUGGCUCGGAUCAAGAUCGUCACAUGGGAUGAUAUCUUGGACCAUUAUCGCAGCAUAGAACACCUGCAGGAAACAUCUGAGGAGACAAUGCAUGAGUAUUAUUCACUAGAUGAUAAGACUUUGGCUAUGAUUAAUCAGUUGGUCUUAUCUCACUCCACCUCAACAGUAACGACAUUUCUCUACCUACCUUCUCCACCCAAAGAUGUACAAUUGUACCCCGAAUAUUUAUGUCAGUUGACGGCCCUUUCCGAGGGUCUUCCACCUACUAUGUUUGUACAUGGUUUACACCCUGUAACAUCAACAACCUUGUGA